GUCAUCACGUUGCUUGUAACUUUUGCCUACACCAAGAAUGAGUAAGAAGAUGGGAGAAUAUAAAUAUUGCAUUUCUAUCUAUCUCAAUUCCUACUCAAAUAAAAAUCAAAAUCCACAAAAAUGGCAAUAGAGUCAUUCGCUUUUAAUAUUGCUGAGAAAGUGUUGGAGAAGAUAGCAUCCCAUACCUACCAAGAGAUAUGUUUUGCAUGGGGCUUGAAAGCAGAACUCAAAAAGCUUGAAGAUAUCUUGUUGACGGUGAAAGCUGUGCUAAUGGAUGCUGAGGAGAAGCAAGUGAAUGACCACCAACUGCGGUUGUGGUUGGCUAAGCUUAAGGAUGCUCUCUAUGAUGCUGAGGAUGUGCUUGAUGAAUUUGAAUGUGAAGAUCAGAGAAGACGAGUGCUUCAAUUGUAUGGAACCACCACCAAAAAGGUGGGUCACUUUUUCUCAUCUUCUAAUCCAAUUGCAUUUCGUUUUAAAAUGAGUGCAAAAGUAAAGCAAAUAAGAGAAAGAUUAGAUGAGAUUGCAAGUCAGAAAUCUAAAUUUCAUCUCACAGAACGAUAUGAAAGUAGGCAUGUUAUGCCUAGAGAAAGAGCACUCACUCACUCAUUUGUACAACCAUCUGAAGUUAUAGGUAGAGAUGAUGAUAAAGAAAAUAUCAUUAGACUUCUACAAGACUCUAGUGAGGGUGCACAAAUCUCUAUUAUCCCUGUUGUUGGAAUUGGAGGGUUGGGGAAAACUUCACUCGCUAAAUUUGUUUAUAAUGAUGAAAGGGUAAUGAAUCAUUUUCAACUUCAGAUAUGGGUUUGUGUAUCAGAAGAAUUUGACAUAAAGAUUCUGACAGAGAAAAUUAUUAAAUCUACAGAAGACGGAAUGAGACAUGUAGAUAAGUUGAAAAAUAUGGAAAUGGAUCAACUACAAAGAAUUUUGAGAGAAAUCAUUGGUGAUAAGAAAUAUUUGCUCAUCUUAGAUGAUGUUUGGAAUGAUGACCCCAUGAAAUGGAACCAACUGAAAGAGCUUUUGUGUAUGGGUGCCAAUGGAAGCAAAAUCUUAGUAACUACACGUAGUAAUAAAGUAGCCUCCAUUAUGGGCACCAUCCCAAAAGCAUAUGAGUUAUCGGGUCUUCCUGAAGAUGAGUGUGUGGCUUUGUUUACUAAAUGUGCAUUUAAAGAAGGCCAAGUGAAGAGAUAUCCAAACUUGUUAAAAAUUGGGGUUGAAAUUGUCAAAAAAUGCAAAGGGGUUCCAUUAGCAGUGAAGACAUUAGCAUCACUUCUUCUUCUGAAUACUGAAGGAAAUAAGCUUGUUUGUUAUGCCAACUUGGGCGGUUUUUCUCCUAAGUGGUUGGGGGUGUCAACCACAACUUCUUGUAGGCUGUUGCUAAAAAUCACAGCAAUUGCAGAGGCUGUAGAAUUUGCAAAAUCUCCCAAGGCUAAGAUCCACAGCUUUGCUUGCAUCUUUGGGUGA